GUAGAGUUUUUGCCUGGAUUGAGUGCAGAUCACUGUCGUUUAAAAAAAAAUGAAGUUUGCUCUUUUAUUAUUUUUAUAUUUAACCCUUGGGUUGGCUGCAGAUGAUGACUCUUUCCUAACAAAAAGUGAUUCUCUAAUUGAUAAAUACAACGAAGUUUUAAUUAAAGCCCUCAAAAAUCUUAUUUAUAAGCAAAGAGAAAGUUUGGAAAAAUGUGCACAGCUGAAUGCAGAAAAUAUUCAGAAAUUGAAAGAAGAAAUCGCCGAUUUGCAUGCUCAAAAUGACGUGUAUUCGAAAGGUCUUGAUAAAAUUGCCAACACGAAAGUAUACAUAAAUAGUGAAUUUAAAAACCAACUAUUUAUUUGUGAUAAUUUUAAAGAAGAGCUCACAGCGUAUAAUGCAACAAUUGAAGAACAAGCUAAACUUAUAAUCUUGCUAAAAUCACAAGUAAUUUCUAAAAAUAAACAAAUAGUUAAACUUAACUACCAAGAAAAGCAAAAUGCUCUGAAGAUGAAAAGCCAAUUAGAAAUGUGUAAAUCCCUCAAUUUGAAAGCUACGAGUUGCCUAGCAUUUGGAAACUCUUCCGGUAUCCAUGAGAUUACAAUUCCAGAUUUCGAUUCAUUUUCCGUUCUUUGUGAUAGCCAAACAGUUAGUCCUGGAUGGACUGUUAUCCAAAGGCGAAUCGAUGGCAAAAUAAAUUUUCAAAGAAACUGGGCGGAAUAUCGAGAUGGAUUCGGCUCCUUGGAUGGUGAAUUUUUCAUGGGAUUAGAAAAGAUUCAUAGACUGACGACGUCCUCACGCCAUGAGCUCUAUGUGCAGAUGAGAGCUUUAUCUGGCAUUAUAAAAAUCGCACAUUAUGACAACUUUGUCGUCGGAGGGGAAGAUGAGCAAUACACAUUGCAAAACGUGGGUGUUGCAUUCGGAAAUGUAACAAAAGAUUGUCUAAAAGAGCUAGAGGGACAAAAGUUCUCCACAUUUGAUAGAGACAAUGACGAAUGGAUGGAUGGCAAAUGUGCAGAGGAUUUUAAUGGUGGUUGGUGGUACAAUAUGUGUGCGUGCUGUAAUUUGAAUGGGAAAUUUGGCAAAGGAGAGAAUGGAGACAUAUUUUGGGAUGACACAGAACUUGACAUGGUUAAAAUACUCAUGCGACCUUUAAAAAAAACUUAAAUCCAUUUAUCUAUAACUAUACAUUUGUAUAACGCAGAAUUUCUAAACUUAAUAAUUGUGUAUGUAAUAGUUUUGAAAAAAUGUAACUUGAUGCGCAUAAGCUUAAAGUCCCCAAUGAAU